AUGGUCCAUGCUACCAAGAGGCCGAAGGUCAACCUGGUGCAAACUAAGAGCAUCAGUACUCUCAAGGAUGAAAUAGUUGUACCCAGGGGUACUCUCGUGACUUGCAUUGCAGGUAUAAAUCUGCAGCCUGAAGAUGUUGGCGCUGCUAUUCAAUUUCUGGAGUUCUGCCGCUCAUUUGGCGAGAUCUGCAAAAUAGGGAAGGGGCUACCAGAAGAAAUUCUCAAAGACUUAACUCAACUUGAAGAGGUGUCUUCAGUUGUUGCAGACGUUCACAUAAAUCUUCUGUCUAUCAUAGAAAAUGGCAAAUAUAACCCUUUUAAUAAGUAUCCAAGACAAGGAGAUGAGUGGAUAAGAAAAGUUUGGAUAAGAAAAAUAGGCGAAUACAUCACUUUGGCGUUACAUGCAGAAGAUUUCACCCUUCACAGCUUAAAUCAAGGGGUAUCGGGUUAUAAAAAAUUGAACCAUUCUUGUAAGCUGGAGUGUUGA